CCUUACGUCAUUUCCUCGAUAGCUUCUUAGCUUCAAGCAAACACCGGAGCUGCGACCCACCGGAAAGCGGUUCGUUCUCCGGUGAAAACAACCAAAUAACGCCGGAUAUAGUGACAAGGUAGAGUGGUUAAUAGAAACAUCAUGGAGGAGCAAAGUUCAGACAUAGAAGUGACGGUGAAAACACUAGACUCCCAGAGCAGAACCUACACUGUUGGUUCUCAGCUGACAGUGAGGGAGUUUAAGGAGCACAUCGCCCCUUCGGUGGGCAUUCCUGUGGACAAACAAAGGCUCAUCUACCAGGGCAGAGUGCUGCAGGAUGAACGGACGCUCGCAGACUACAACGUGGGUGGAAAGGUGAUCCACCUGGUGGAGCGGGCCCCGCCUCCACCCUCCCAGGGCGGUCCGGGGUCUGUAGGACCCUCAGCGGACAGCGGCCCGUCCUCAUCCUCCCAGGGAACGUCCCAAGUGCCACACGACCGCAACGCUAACAGCUACGUUAUGCUAGGAACCUUCAACCUCCCCGUCAACAUCAUGGACCCCCAGCAGAUCCAGCAGAUGACGGUGCAGCAGAUGGUGUCGGGAAUGGGGGAGAACUCCCGGAACGCCAGGGUCACCACCAGCACCGGGAGCAACGGCUCGGUGAACGUUCACAUCGACAUGGACCAGCCGGUCCAGAGCGAGCCCAGGCUGAGGCUGGUGCUGGCCGAGAACCUGCUGCGAGACAUCCAGGACGUCAUCAACAGGAUGGAGGGUCGGACCACUGACUCAUCCUCCCAAACCGAAACCACUUCUGCUGCAGCUGCUGCUGCAGCUGCUGCUGCUCCCCCGCCUCCCUCCUCCUCCUCCACCACUUCCACUCCGUCUCCCUCCGCCCAGCCAAUGGACACCUCUCCACCCCCGACUACGCCUCCGCCCUCCUCCUCCGCCCAGUCUGAGGGACCGACCCCACAGCCGGGUCCAAGCCACCCCAGCCCGGCGGAGCUGGCAGAGAUGCUGUCUGAGCUGCGGCGGGUGGAGGAGCGGCUGCAGCCGUUCAUGCAGCGAGCGCACAGCAUCCUGGAGACGGCCACCGCCGCAGAGUACAACAACAAUACAGAGAGAGAGGACGACCAGAGGACUCUGGUUCAGAUCUGUGAGUGUCUGCGUUUGCUGGGCAACGCCCUGGUUGCCCUGAGCGACCUGCGGCUGAACCUCAUGAGCCCGGUUCCCCGCCACCUCCACGUGGUCCGCCCGUUCUCCCACUACAGCAGCCCCGUCGGCCUCCCUGGAGCCGUGCACCAUCACAUCCCAGUGCAAAUGAACCUGGGAGCCACAGUGACUGUUGCAGCCAACAGCACUGAGGGACAAGCUCCGCCCACCCAGCCCAGCGGCCAGCCGGAGCAGGCAGGUCAGGGACAGACCUCCCCCUCACAGACUACCACGGCCAAUCAGCAGGCUGGACAGGGACAGGGUGGCUCCCGGGUCAUCAGGAUCAGCCACCAGGCAGUCCCGGUGGUCAUGAUGCAGAUGAACGCGGACGGUCCUGGAGGAAACGGUGCAGCAGGUGGACAGCAAAUGCCUGGCCAAGCAGGGGGCCUCCCGCCAGACUUCAUGCGGAACCUCAUGCAGCAGAUCAGCCAGUAUGCAGCUGCUGUGGCGACCAGCGCUGCGACCGCUGCAGCCACCGGCCAGCCCGUCCCGCCGCAGCCCACCCCCCCCGGCUCCACUCCCACCUCCUCAGCCACCACCACUGGGCCCAACACGCCCACCACCACCCCCACCGCCCCCCCUCCGCCCUCCCAGGCUGGACCCCAACACCCUCAGGCCAGGGUGGUCUUCUCUCGGCCCCCCUUCGCCGCCGGCAUGCCCCCGCCGGCCUUCGGGACCCGGGGAACCACCAUCAACGUGAGGGCGGCCAUGCCGAGCCAGCAGCCGGGACAGGCUUUCAACCCUGCUGCCCUGAACCAGAUGAUCAGCGGGCUGGUUGGGCAGCUCCUGAUGCCGGGCCAGAUGGCAGGCCAAACCGUCUCUUCCUCCUCUUUCUCCACACCCACUUCCACCUCCUCCUCCUCUCAGACUUCAUCCUCCAGCUCCUUUUCCUUUUCCACGUCGGGUCCGAGCCCGCCGCCCAUGGCGCCGGCCCAGAGUGAGAGCAGCAGCGGCGAGCCCCAGGACUUGGCCCCGGACCUCCGCCAGCUCCUCAGCUCUCUCCUGGGCGCCGCCGGCGGCCCCGGCGCCGCCGCGGCUGGGGCCCCAUCUAUAACCGUCACCACUUCCAGCGUCCCGGCGUUCAUCCAGGGCAUGACGGAGUUCAUGCAGCAGGCCUCCCAGCCCAUUUUCUCUCCUCCUCCUCCUCCUCCCUCUGCGGGCCCCACCGCAGGCGCCAACCCGGCGGGGGGUGAAGCAGAGUCCGUGAACCCGGAGCUGUUCACAGGGAUCAUGCGCGGCGUCCUGAGCACCAUGAUGGGCUCGCUGGGCCAGGCCCAGAACGACACCGAGAGCAUCGCUCAGUUCAUGCAGCGGCUGUCGCAGGCCACCAACCUCUUCAACGGCCAGGAUGACCCCACAGGGUUCUUCGGGGAGCUGCUGAUUUUGGUGUGCCAGACGUUCACCAUGUCUGACCUGGUGCUGCUGCUGCACGGCCAGCACCAGCCGCUGAGCCGCAUCCAGCCCCAGCUGGCCCAGUUCUUCACCCAGAACUACCUCAGCGGCAGAGAGCCCACGGACCAGAACAUCGCUGCGGCUGCGGAGAGCCUGGUCAACGAUCUGGAGGAGUACAUCACCGAGAGCUUCAGGGAGUCUUCCGUCUCGGUGCUGGACGGCGUGGACGCCACUCAGACCAACAUGUCUUUCUUCAGGCAGCAGCUGACGCAGAUCUCCACUCACAUCCUGCGCUGCACAGAUGAGACGUUUGGGCCCAGGCUGCUGCAGAUGUGCAACCAGGCGCUGUUUGAGUGUCUGGCCCUCAACCUGCACUGCCUGAGAGGAGACCAGAGAGCGCUGACCGACGUCAUCAACCACAGGAUCCGCCGCAUGUCGAGCGACAUCAACCCCAGCCUGGUGAACUGGAUGACCGGCAUGAUGACGAUGCGGCUGCAGGUGAUUCUGGAGCACAUCCCCGUCUCCCAGGAGCAGAUCCAGAGCUACAUCGUCUACACACAGAGGGACCGGAGCUCAGCGGGCGGCGAGCAGGAGGCUCAGAGCGCCACGAUCGGAGACACUCUCUCACCCGCAGCUGCCACCACCGCCGAGGAAGCCAUGUCCGUGUCCCACGACACCCCCGCUGCGUCGUCAAGGGAGACCAGAGCGUUGCCUGGAGACCUGGGAGCGUCGGGCGGAGCCGCGCCGCUGGGGGGCGACGUGGCGGCGGCCGGAGCUGAGGGCGGCAGCGAGGAGGCGGAGACCUGGGCGGCAGCCGUUCCUCCGGAGUGGGUUCCCAUCAUCCGCUGCGACAUGAUGACUCAGAGGAAGAUGAAGGCUCAGCCGCCGUUAUCCGACGCCUACCUCCACGGGAUGCCGGCCAAACGCAGGAAGACGGGUCAGGGCGGCGGCAGCCUGCUCUCGCUGUCCGACGCAGUGGGCCAGGCGGCCAGGAGCGCCGGCGUCCGGCCCAUCAGCUCCCCGGAGCAGCUGCAGGCGGACCUGGAGGCGCAGGAAGUGAAGGAGGCGUAUUCAGAGCAGGUGAAAGCAGACGUGAAGAAGCGGGUCAGAGAAGACCCGGACUUCAACUCGCAGCAGUUCCCCAACACACACAGAGCUUUCUCCCCGGACUCCUAACCGCCUCCCUGCAGCAUUAAAGCCCUUCGUUUGUAUUUCCUUUUGGUUUCUGUGGAUCGCUUUAUCCCAGAGAGCUGCUGGACUCCAGGAGGAGCCGGGUUCUGAUGGGUCCGCUUUCCGGCCAACAGAGAGGCAGGCGGCUCCUUCAACAAACAAGAUUCAGGAAUCAUGAUCAGCUGGUUUCUGUCACUUUGCACAUCCUUGUGCAGAAGUUGCAGCGUUUUUCCUCUCUGUUGGUCUGAAAGCACGAGAGGCAAAUUCCAGUAUUUAUUUCAGGAAAUCUGUUGGGAAGUUUCAGGAUAAAACGGAUCGGCUCCAGCUGCUGAAGAUCCAAGUUCUUUACGCUGUUAGUCGGUUUAAAGCCGUAAAACUACUGAUUAUAACGAACUCAGUGGGAAGCAGGAAGAACAACAGCAAAUCAGAAACCUGUAAAGUUACUUUAGUGCCCUCUUGUGGUGAAACAGUAUAUUGCAUAAUUUGACAGCUGAAAAUUUGAUAAGAAAUGUUGAAUAAAUGACUGAAUUUCCUGAACAUGAAUAGAAAAUGAAUUCAUGCCAGUUCCUGGUGGUUUUUAUUAUUUCAAUAACAAGAUAAAAAAAAAUUUUCAGUUUCUCCAAAGGAAUAAAACGAUGAAUCGACUCAGUUCAGUCCAGGAUGGAGUUUGUGCAGAACGUCGACUAAAGAAUGUAACUAAUGGAGUUAUUUUUCUAAUCCUCCACUAAUCAACUAGAAACAUUCUGAGAAUCCUCUAACAUAACUACCAACUUCUUCUAUUUAUUGCUUUGUGCUCCAACUUUAGCAGAGAAAUCGGCCUCCAUUAAACACAUCGACACUCGUCUUAUUCUUUGGUUUGGAUCCCUGAGCUGCUGUUGCUUUUAGGGACCCGAAUCAUCAGCGUAAAUCUGAUUCUUUCUUCAACACCUUCAAACACGAUGACUUUAAUGUGAUGCUGUUUGGUACAUGAAUGUACAGGAAACCGAAUAAAAACCUUCGUUUAAAUAA